UUUUUUUUUUUUGUUAAUCUUAUUUGUAAAUAUUUAUCGUAAUGUUGCCUCAAAGGCCUGAUUUACAUCAGCCUAGAGCAACCAAUUUACCUCAAGGACAGCUUGCUGCUCUUUUACAUGGUAAAAUAGAUUAUGAUAACUUGUUUAUUCCUAAUCAAGGAGAAUCAAGUUUAUCAUUAUUUCCUGAAAAUCAUCGUUCAAAUAGUGCACCACCCACUCAACAACAGCAAUUACAGCAACGACAACAAAUGUCUAGACGUACUUAUAAUGUAGACACUAAUGUGGAUCUUGAGCAACUAAAUUAUAAUUAUGAUGUAAAUUGGCAAAUGUGGCAACCUAUAGAAGAUCCUAAUAAAAAUCAAAAGAAUUUUGUAGAAGACUUCAUACGUCAGGAUUACUUUCCUCGUCGUACAACUUCACCUUUGGUUGUGCUCCCUCAACAAGCUAGACAACGUAAUGUUCCUCCUAGUUUUUCGUUUGAUGAUUCCAUGUUAUCUACUGGAGAUCUUGACAUAAUUCAAAAGCAAUAUAAAGAUCAACUUAACGCGCUCGAUUAUUAUGAAAAUAUGGCUAAAUCACAUCACUUACCUUCUAAUAAUGAUCGAACCGCUUCCUCUGUUUCGCGUCAUCCAGUGUUAAAUAAUAAUACUACAGCAAUACCACCUCUAUUGGCUCGUUCCAAUUCAACUCCUCCUGGAAGAAACAUGAUAUAUAAUCAACAAAAUAUGUUACUAAACCAGCAAUUCAGUAGAUUAAAUUUAGGCAAUGAUAUGAUCAUGUCAAAUCCUCAAAGUAGCUCAUCCUUGCUUAUGGGAUAUAAUAAUAAUCCAUCUGAACUUGAUACCAUUUAUGGUAAUAAUUGGAGUCAAGGGGAUAUAGCAGCAUAUCAACAAGCUGCUGCUGCUGCUGCUGCUGCUGCAUUAGGUCAUCCUGGUUCAGAAAACAUAGCAGCAGAUAAAAAAUUACAUGCAUUACAACAACAACAACAACAACAACAUCAGUUACUAUUACAACAGCAACAGCAACAACAAGUACUACUACAGCAACAACAACAACAAAAGGCUUACUCUAGAGGAGUAUCUAGAUCUAAUCAUCAUAUUACCAAUCAUCAUCAUCACCAUCAUCAUCAAGACCUCACCCUUAAUAUGCACAGCCCGCUUCUUGAAGAAUUCCGUGCCUCUAAAUCAACUAAAAAAUAUGAACUGAAAGAUCUUAAGAGUCAUAUUGUCGAAUUUAGUGGCGAUCAAUACGGUUCCCGCUUCAUUCAACAAAAACUGGAAACAGCUUCUAGUGAUGAGAAACGCAUGGUAUUUGAAGAAAUCUUGCCUAAUGCUCUACAACUUAUGACAGAUGUCUUUGGUAACUAUGUCCUUCAGAAAUUUUUUGAACAUGGUAAUCAAAUGCAAAAGACAAUAUUGGCUAAGCAAAUGGAGGGACAUGUGAUAUCACUUUCGUUACAAAUGUACGGCUGUCGUGUAGUUCAAAAGGCGCUUGAGCAUGUCUUAACAGAACAGCAAGCGACGCUGGUUAAAGAAUUAGAUGGAUGUGUCCUCAAGUGUAUCAAGGAUCAGAACGGUAACCACGUGAUUCAAAAAGCGAUUGAAAGAGUACCUGCUCAACAUAUUCAGUUUAUUAUCGAUGCAUUUAGUGGACAAGUGUAUCAUUUAGCAACACAUCCAUAUGGAUGUCGUGUAAUUCAGCGAAUUUUUGAACAUUGUACUGAGGAACAGACUACAUUUAUAUUAAAUGAAUUAUAUUCAUGUGCAGAGCAACUUAUCCAGGAUCAAUAUGGUAAUUAUGUCAUUCAGCAUAUAUUAGAGCGUGGAAGACCUACUGAUAAAUCGAUGGUGAUUGAAAAAGUGCGUGGUAAAGUGCUUCAGUUGAGUAAACAUAAAUUUGCUAGUAAUGUAGUCGAGAAAUGUGUUGAUUUUGGAACAAAAAGUGACCGUCAAUUAUUGAUUGAAGAAGUUCUUCAACUUCGACCUGAUGGUUCAUUACCGUUGGUGUUAAUGAUUAAGGAUCAGUAUGCCAAUUACGUUAUUCAAAAAAUGUUAGAUAUCGUAGACAAUGACCAACGUGAAUUACUCGUAAAUGAAAUCAAGCCUCAUCUUCAAUCCUUAAAGAAGUAUACCUAUGGCAAACAUCUUAUUCAAAAAGUAGAAAAGUUAUUGCCUCUUAUUCAAAACGAACUUGAAACAGAAAAAACGUUAUAAUAGACAUUAGAGACAGCAAGG